AUGAGAAUCCACCACCUCCUCGCCGUAGCCUUGCUCCCCUCAUCCACCUUAGCAAACGCAGACCAACAAUUCACCAUAAACUACGGCAGCGGCCAUCAAACCCUCGAUCUAAUCCGAUCAAUCGCCUCCGCCAAAAAAGCCAACGACCCCACCGCAACAGAUCUCGCCAAAAAGCUGCGCGACCUGCGCGAUCAACCCGUGAAAAAAUCACCCUACGACGUCGUCUGCGAAACGUCCGCAGAUAUCAGCGCUGAGAUAUACCCUCUAGACCCGAGUAAUCUCCACCCGCAGAUUGCAUGGGCAGCGGCCGAGAUUGAGGUUCUGUUUUCGGGCCAGCCAUAUCCGGGUGAUUAUAAUGUUCCUAAGCACCCGGAUGGAUUUCGAAUUGUGCGGGCGGAUUUGAAUCAGUUGCCCGUCACGGUUCGGGGGUGGAUUGAGGGGCAUCCGGGCCAGAAAUCAUUUUGCGUGGUUGAUGGGGUGGUGUUCUUUGCGCCGGGGGUUAUUUUGGAGAUGGCGGGGUUGUUUGCUGGGGAGGGGGGGGGGAGUGUAAAGGUUUGUGAUUUAAUUGGUUUCUUUUCUUUGGAUGGGAAUUUUCUGGUGCUAAUUGCUGUUCAAUUAGGUCAAUUCCCUACAGACCCUGAGGUGUAUUUGAGAAAUAAGGGUGAGGAUGUUAUCUUCACUGCUCAGCUCUUGGGAAGUACGGAGAUUGGAAGCAAUUUGUUUUUUAAGGCUGUUGCAAGGAAACAGGUUAGGAAGGAUGUGCAGGAGGAAAGCUCUGAUGCUGGAGAUACAAUGAAUGGGGCAUGGAUUGGCGGGGAUUUUUACCAACACGCGGAUGGGAAACGGGAUACCUCGGGUUAUCAGUUAGGAUCAUCUAAUGGGCGUGACAGGAAGUCUAAGGAUGAGCUUUGA